AUGUCACGUGAUUGGAUAUCGUAUCUUAGUGUUCCAUUCAAGAGCGGUGAGAGAGGCGCUGACGAGCCUAAUACCUGUCUCGCACCAUCACAUGAUCAGGUGUCCGUCACGGGUGCAUGCACUCCCUUGUCUACCUUGAUAUAUUCAACGCAUAGGUACACGAAUGGGCACGUGGACAGGCACGUGGACAGGCACCUGGGUAGGCACCUGGGUAGGCACCUGGGUAGGCACCUGGGUAGGCACCUGGGUAGGCACCUGGGUAGGCAUCUGGGUAGGCAUCUGGGUAGGCAUCUGGGUAGGCAUCUGGGUAGGCACCUGGGUAGGCAACCGAGCAGGUAA